CACGGCAUGACGAGAGUGUUAUCACUGAGACGAUAGGCAAAAAUAUUCCUACCUAAAGCUUGUUUCAUUCCGACGGAAACCAAAUAUUACGUUUUACAUCGUCGUGUAUUUCCACUAUUGUAUGAAUCGUAUCUCUUCGUCUCGAGAACCUCGCGGCAAUGCAAGUAACGGCUGUACUCGAAAUAUAUCGACUCAUCGACAUAUCGAACCAAACUGUCAUAUUCGAGUAACUUCUCUUUGCCGGACCCGGAUAGUUUUCUGCAUACUUGGGGUGUGAGAAAUUAUAAAUUUUGAGGAAAUACCAGCGAAAGCUCCUUAGUGUUAAAUUGUUUUCUGGGACUGGUUUCUAGAUAGUGUGAUUAGUGAACAUUUAAUUACUACAAAAUGUUAAUAAAAGUGAAGACGUUGACCGGAAAGGAAAUUGAAAUUGACAUAGAACCUACAGACAAAGUGGAACGUAUAAAGGAAAGAGUUGAAGAAAAGGAAGGAAUUCCUCCCCAGCAACAACGUCUUAUAUUUUCUGGAAAACAAAUGAAUGAUGAAAAAACAGCCCAGGAUUAUAAAGUGCAGGGUGGAUCUGUACUUCAUUUGGUUUUAGCUCUAAGAGGAGGUAUUCGAGUGUAAGAUGUAUGGAAGACAUAUUCUGUUCGUUGUUUGUGCACCCUUUUUGAUUAUUACACAUUCUCUUUUUGUACUUUAAUUAAGCUCGGCUGCUUGGAAAUAAAAUUUACGGCACCAAGAAUGUAAUAUAUUCUCUCAUUGAUAAUCUGCUUCCUGUGUCUGCUACUUGCCAGUAUGGAUUACUGUUUACUCACGAUACAUACAACAAUGAAAGCAAUGAAUGUGCAGCUCUAAAAUUUUUUUGGAUUAUAUUUUCAAUUUUAAUAUUGAAGAUCUGUUAAGUCAAAUUUUAUUACCUGAAGUAAAAGCUGUAAAUCAAUGAAAGUCCAUAUUUAAGUCCAGCUGUUUUCUAAUGUAUUACUCUAUUGUAAAUAAACUUUAGCCUUAAAAUGAC